CAAUUAAAAUAUUAAUUCGUUAAACCAAAUCUCAUCCAGUUCAUUGCUUUCACCACGCGAUGGCUCCUAAGGUGUGGCUUUGUUCCAUGACCUUGAUCAUCCUCAUAGUUACGACAACGCCCUACACCGCUGCUCUUCUCUCCUCACCGGAUGCCAGUUCUCCUCCGUAUCCUAAAGCCAUAUUCGAUUUGAAGGAGGCGAUUGUGAAGGGGCUAGGUUUCCAGGCGGAUGAUUUUAAGAUUUCAGGAUUUGAUAUUAGAGAUGCGUUGGUGGGCCGGUCGGUAGCGUAUGAAUUCGACGUUGAAAUAGAUAAUCAAGUAAUGCCGUUUAAGUUGUUGGAGGAUGUUAAUCAAUGGGAGUAUGUGGAUUUGCCGAUGUUUAGAGUUGAGGAAGGUGGAUCGGUUAGGUCUGGUGAUGAGAAUGGGUUAGUGAAGCACAGUGGAAAGCAGGAUAAUGGAUUGCCUGUUCUGGCUCCGUUUCAGCUUGCUGGGCCCAUGGAGAUCUGGAUUCAGGAUGCUAAGGAUAUGCGCAUCUCCUUGCCGCAUGACGUGGAUGCUGGUGUAUUAAAGAAAGUAAUAUUGGCAGAUGGUGUUGUGGUCACGGUUAAGGGUGCUAGAUCAGUUAGCCUACGCCAUCCAGUUAAUCUCCCAUUGCCCCUCAACCGAAGUCAAAAUGGUUUUGCCUCUGGUCUUCUGGCCCUUGCUGAACAGCUUCGCAGUGCUUCUCGCACCCAAGGAGCUCCACCCUUAUCUCUUCGCAUUGUUGGCCCUACCUCCCUCACGUCCCCAUCUCCAUCUCCAUCUCCAUCAUUUUCAUCAUCAUCUCCUUCCAAUAGCAGACUCAAGCUAAAACGCCUUGCCCCAGGACUGGUGGAGUUAUCGUCAUUUGCAAAAUCACAGCCAACUGAUUCUCUCUCCCCUCUUGAUUUGGAAGAAGACGCAACUGUCCUAACUCCUAAACGUUUCACUACAAUGUGGCCUCUUGCUUCUGUAAAUGGCUCAAAUGCGAGUUUGCUGGGUUUUGAGAAAUUGCUGGCUUCCGUGUUGGGUCCCAAGGCAAACAAGGACGGUUCCUUUAGGUUGUUAAAGGCAGAUGUGUCAGCCCAGACAUUUGUGAAGAUAGGAUUUGGGGUUGAAAAGAAGUUGAAAGACGAGGACGGGUUCGAUUUGCAGGGUUUUCCUGAGUGGAGGACAAAACCUGCGUCGGUCAGGAUGCAUUUUGAGGUUCUGGCUAAGGUUGAUGGUGAAAAGGUUGUUCCAGAGAGGGUGGUGCAGAUUAAUCCUGUGGUUGUGGAAGAUACUGUGGCGUUGAAUGUUCUUUUGGGCAAUGUGACCAUGUCUAAGAUGCCUGUUGUUCAUGUACCCUCGAACCCCAUGACCUUGUAAAUGGUUUUGAGGAAAGAUAACUUUUGCGCUACUUAUCAAAGAGUGUAAAUAUUCGAGCUAGAAAGAAUGGAUGUAAAUUGUAAAGCAAUUGUGCAAGAAAUUAUAGAAGUUAAGAAUAUUUUUACUUCA